CCAUAUCCGCCCUCCGUGCCUGAAAGAAAAGUGAAGGAGAGAGGGCGGAGAUUUAGCUCGUACGAACCAGUUCGCGCAGGGUUUAAGGCUUCUGCCCCAAUCGUCUCCGUCCGGCUGCUUCUCUUCUCCCGCCGCACCGGCAACGUGACUUGCAUCAGUCUCAGUGUGACCGUCGGGCCCCUCGAUUUGAUUUCUAACCCUGCCUUUCGCUUGCCGGAGGAUUUCACUAUCCUAGGGUUUUGUAUGCCACCCUCAAGAUAAAUCUUGCGCAGUAGGUUAGUCCUGUAGCGCUCUGGGCCGGAUGGCAGCUUCAAUCUCGAAAGGAAUACUGCGUUCUUUUGGUUCCUUGUCUGCUCUUCGCCGUUGCCAGGAUGUAAGCAUUCGAGCUUCAGGGGACAGUUCAUUCUCUCGGGCAUCCUCUUUUCAUUUGGGGUCGGCCACUACCCUUUCGCAUCAGAGGUGGUUUACAUCUGUAUUGACCCCUGAAUCAAGCGAUGGUCCAUUUCCCGCUGAUUUGUUAUCGUCAAGGGCUGUGAUAACCCCAGAUCGUAAAAUAGGCAUGGAAGCUGUUCUCUGAGCUAUGAUACUUGAAUUUUGCGGAGUCAUUUCAUCUUAUGGCUGUUUUGGUUCCCUAUCUCUGUUGCGCAAGAUUAGCUUCUAUUUUGUUGUCAGUGGGCUUUCAGGUAGCUUGUAAUUACGUUAAUGAACAAUGCUUCUUAUCUUAGGGCUUUAUCAGGACCUGGCAAUUCCUGUGACAAAUUUCCAAAAUGAGGACAAAGGGUUUAUGGUUCUAGCUGGUGAUGUGUUUGAUGUACCCAUUAGAAAAGACAUUGUUCAUCGAGUCGUGAGGUGGCAACUCGCCAAAAGGCAGCAAGGAACACAUUCGACAAAAACUAUCAGUGAGGUUAGUGGGACUGGGAGAAAGCCAUGGAAUCAGAAGGGAACUGGCAGAGCUAGGCACGGAACGCUGCGUGGGCCUCAGUUUAGAGGUGGUUGUGUUAUGCAUGGCCCCAAGCCACGAAGCCACGCCUUCAAACUAAAUAAGCAGGUCAGGCGUUUAGGGUUGAAGAUUGCGCUGACAGCACGUGCGGCAGAAGGAAAGCUUUUCGUGUUUGAGGAUUUGGAGGUUCCUACGCACAAAACCAAGAACAUGGUCAACUAUGUCCAGCAGAUGGAGGAUGCCAAGAAACUGCUGUUGGUUGAUGGUGGUCCCAUCAGUGAAAGACUGAAGCUGGCUACACAAAAUCUACAUUAUGUCAAUGUUAUACCUUCAAUUGGAUUGAAUGUCUACAGCAUACUGCAACAUGACACAUUGGUGAUGUCCCGUGCUGCUGUGAAUGGAAUUGUGGCUCGAAUGCACACGCCAAUCAACCGCUAACUGACUGCAAUGCUGUUUUAGGAGGAAACCUGUUCUUCCUUGUCCUUUUAGGCGAAAUCAUAGGCCAAAGCAAAUAAGAUGUGUCCGUCAAAGAUUUAUUUUGGGUGCUGCAUCUCGGAACCAUGUUAAGGCUAGAAUGUGGUUUUGAUGUAAGCAAAAGGUGCUUCACUCGUUUUAGAUCAAUGUGGUUGAAACUUGAAGAAACCAAUGGUCUUUUCUUAAACCUGUGGCUUUGUCUGUUUGUCUCUGUUCUUGAUCGCCUUGCAAGAUUAUAAUGAUGCAUGUAACGAGCCUCUUCUUGUUAUACAGCGGCAGAAAUGCUUUU